UUCUUAAUUAGUGGGAAAACAUAUAAUGUUUCAAGUUGAAUGCAAACGGUGAAAAAUAUAUUUGAUAUUUAUAAAGAUGAACACGAUAUUUGGAGGCAAUUUUUACUCAAAUAGCAAGCAUCAUAAAAUUUUAGCAUUGAAGACGUUUGUAUCUUACUUUUAAUAAAUAUACAUUCAAGAAAGACGUAUGAAGAUAUUAUAUUGGACAAUUUGUAUUAUUAUUGCAAUGAGUAGCUAUUAUCGGGAAUCAUUUUUGGAGCUACCAUUUCCAUAAAGCAGGAAAACAUAAAAAAAAAUUGAAUAUUGGCGGGAAAUUAUAGCAAGUUUUGAGAGUUAAAAAAUUGUUUACAAAUAUUGGUACAAACAAUAACUUGUUCAUAAAUUAUAGAUAAUGGACAGAUUUGUAACACGAGAGCCAAGAGUUGGAACAGAGUAUCCACAAGGAAAUCAGCAUGUUUACUAUUCUGGAAAUCCAGGAGAAAGUGAUAUUUACCCCUCUGAACUUUACUAUGGUGGCUUAUACGGCUCUGAAUUUCAAAAUGUACAGCGAGUAAAUCCAUCGUUUGUAAGAGCCGCGCCAUAUGUUAAUUCAACAUCUUUUGUACCUCCAAAUUUGACACAUCUCCAAGGACAAGGACAAGGUCAAGUUAUUUCUGGAAUUGAUCCUCGAUAUUUAGCACCGUAUUCAGAUGGCAAUGCGAAUUUCAUCGCCACCGGUUUAAUGCAACAAGAAAGGUCGGCUAUGCCUAUUAACUCGCCUUUUGGGCGUGAUUAUCAAAAUCGCAAUUUGCUCGCGCCGGAACGAAAUAAGGCUAAAAUGUUUCAACCGCAAAUGUCUAAAGAAAAUCUACAAAGGACAGAAGUACCACCUAACAAGGAUUUUGCGAUUACUGAAACCAAAACACCUAGACGAGAUUUCCAAGUUCAGCAAACUACACCACAAACACCUACAAACGCGUCGUCAAAGGUAGAAAAUUUAGGAACCUCCAAACACGAGCAUCAAAUUGUACUCAUGAGUCGUUCUGAUAAACUUAAAGCAUUAUACAAAAGUGGAACACGAGUGUUCUCCGGUCCGGUGGAAAAGAUUCUCAAAUGGCACAAGUCAUUACAAGAUAUCGGCGUAUUAGUGCUUUAUGAGAUCGUUGCAAAAUGUGUGAGUGUGAGAGCUGGCGAAUUGUGUGCCAAGAAUUUAGUGGUGAGAGACGAAAACGGUCCAGCUAUGCAGGUCGUUUAUUACGAGGUUGACUUUUUACUGCCUGAACUGAAACCGCCUUGUACUAUUAGGGUUAUAGGUAGAAUGAUGGCAGGCACAUCUAGAUUUCAAGCGUUCAACGUGCGCCCAGCUACCGGGGACGACGUCGCUACGUUGCCGCGUCGUACCGCUGUCGCUGUUCACCACGUCGCUAAACUAUGUAAAGAUUACGGUACGAAUGUUUAGUAUGGUUCACAGUUAAUAUUAAAUACGAUAUGUUCUGUAAUAAAUUUCAAAUUACAUUUUACUUGACAUUACAUUGUGU